UUUGGAAAUUGUAGCUGAAGCUGAAGACAAGUGCCAUUGACCUAUUUAUUGUCCGAAAACAUUAAGAACAGCUACCAUGGCGCCUCCAGAAGUUCUCAUGGUCGGUACCGGCGAGUAUACGACGGGAUUUGUCGGUGGAGGUGCGUCCAAGUCUGACAAGAAAGUCGGCGUUGUGGGCUUGACCCUUUUCGACCUUCGAAAGCGUGGGAAGGUUGGAAAGCUCUCCAUGGUGGGAGUCUCUGGAGGCAAAUUCUCUGCAAUCCGGGAGCAUUUGCAGAAGAACAUCUCUGAAGCCUACAACGGUCUAGACGUGUCCUUCGACGAAUACCCGAAAGAGGGCAAAACAGACCCAGAUGCGUACAAGACCGCAAUCGACGCUUUACCAAAAGGCAGCGCAAUCACAAUCUUCACGCCCGACACCACUCACUAUCCGAUCGCUCAAUACGCGAUCGAGCGCGGUAUCCACGUCCUCAUCACCAAGCCAGCAGUGAAGCUACUCGAGCACCACCAGGACCUCAUGGCACUUGCAAAGAAACACAAUGUGUUCGUGUACAUUGAGCACCACAAGCGCUACGACCCUGCAUACGCUGAUGCGCGUUUCCGGGCACAGAAAUUGGGCGAUUUCAACUACUUUUACUCGUACAUGAGUCAGCCAAAGAGCCAACUCGAAACCUUCAAGGCAUGGGCGGGCAAGGACAGCGAUAUCUCAUAUUACCUCAAUUCGCAUCACGUCGACAUAAACGAGUCCAUGAUACCGGAUUACAAGCCAGUUCGCGUUAUGGCCAGCGGAGCCAAAGGUAUCGCAACCAAUCUUGGCUGCGACCCUUCUACUGAAGACACCAUUACCCUGCUUACCGACUGGGUAAAGAAGGAUGACCCGAGCAAGCGUGCCACCGGUGUGUACACAGCAGGAUGGGCAGCACCACAAAAGGCUGGCGUACACUCAAAUCAGUACUUCCACUACAUGGCGUCCAAAGGAGAAAUUCGCGUCAACCAGGCCAAGCGAGGCUACGAUGUCACUGACGAUGACACCGGCCUGCUCUGGUACAACCCCUUCUACAUGAAGUACGCGCCAGACGAGGAGGGCAACUUUGCGGGACAGACCGGCUACGGCUACAUCUCCUUCGAGAAGUUCAUCGACGCUGUGACCGGCCUGAACGAGGGGAAGCUCACCCUAGAGCAGCUCGACGCACGUCCACUACCUACUCUCAAGAACACAAUCGCUACCACUGCUAUUUUGGAGGCAGGUAGGAGAUCACUAGACGAGAGCCGACCGAUUGAGAUCGUUGAGGAGAACGGUGUGUGGUCUCUGAAGUGAAGCACACAAUGACACUCUUAUCUACUUGCACGCAUCAUCUACAAUAUCCAAGUUUCCCUCUUGCUCAUCUCCACCUAUCCAAUAUUGAAACAGAUCGGUUGCUACGCCACGCACAUGCACUAA